AUGGGAAGGGUCAUUUUUGAAAAUCUAAGGGUGGAAGAGAUUGAGGAAUCCUCCUGUCGUACUCAUCUCAAAAGAGAACGCCCAUUGAUUCCAGCAAAGAACCGGGUCCCGCAUCUACAAUUACAGAAGCUGAAAAACGAGCUGUUGGAAAGAGGAUUUUUGCAUAGAGAUAUUACUGAAUCACUCUUGUAUCUUACUGCAAGUAGACUAGACAUCGUGAUCAGAGUUGGGUUCUAUGCAAGGUCUCAGUCAAAUCCAAAGGAUUCUCAUCUGAAGGCUAGUGUAGGAAUUUUGAGAUAUCCUAGAGGAACACAGGACCUGCAUCCUGUUGUGGUCAAGUGUUGUGGACCAAGCAACAAAUUGGAAGAACUUGAGUCCAACUCAAGAGGGCCAAAUACAGUGACUGCUGAAGAUAAAGUUGCAGACAUCUUCACCAAAAGCCUUGGGAAGAAAGCAUUUUGA